AUGAAAGCUGCCUCUCAUGAAGCGGAGCCUUCUCCAAUUUCCUCAAGAAAGCGACCUUUAGCAAAGAGAAGCUGUCUCAAUUGCCGGGAAAAGAAGGCACGUUGCGAGCUUCCAGACGUCUACGUCGACAGCUCAAAGGUACCACUUCCAACAGAGAAGAAAUGUCAUCGUUGCGAUGUUCUCGGCGUCACCUGUGUAGUGUGGGACGGCGACCGCAAACGCAGACCAAGACUUGAACCCCCCAACGAGUCGAAACCUCGCGGCACUGUGCAGGAAGGAGGCGUCUCACCAGCAUCAAGCAGCAAGCAAGCGCGAACCUCGCCAGAGACAACAGAGAGGGAUCAACCAGAUGUACAACCGAGUGACAGGUCCAAGAAGGACGUGUCCUCAGCCGGGCUUCAUCGACGCAGUGACGGUGGUGGCUCCUCCGCUCCAUCGCGGAGUGUCGAGGCUGAGCAGCUAAGGGCAUCGGACCUGAAACAUGCUCAGCAACUUCUUAUCAACAGACAAAAAGGCUGGAAGGCGAUGUCUAGGACAUUGUACACGCUCAUGGAGCGACUACAAAAUGAGUCCAGAUACAGCAACUAUCUCAAAUUACGGAUCGAUGCUCCUCCUUCGACGCCGGAUAUCGCCACGUUCCUGCCUCUCGACCGAGUACCCCAGUUUGAUAUACAGCUUCAAGAUUACCUCGUGGAACACCCUCAUCUACCUUCCCUUUCCGUGCUCCAACAGCAACAGUCGCAGAAUGCUACUAGGCCCCGAGCGCUUCUACUGGCCACUCUGAUUCUGCUUGGCUUGAAAGGGACGCACGAUGAGCUCGCCUCUGCGGACACACGAACGCUCUCAAGUUACAUCGAUCGGCUCGGAACACAGCUGCUCUUUUCCUCACCCCGCGAUAUUCAUCUGGUGAUGGCAUUUGAGCUGCUGCUCGCUCACGAGCCCGGCCUGGUCGGCACUGCGGCCUCGCAGUUCGAGCCCGAGGGACGUGGCUUUGGUCUCGCCUCGGAAAACUUGCUAACUUGUGCAAUCAAGGUUGCCAAGGAGCUGAGAUUGGACAGUUCUCUGACUGUCUCCCAGCAUACACCAGACAGCCUUGCUCGUCUGAGCCUAUGGUGCUGUUUAAGGACUUGGGACGGCGUCUACGCUUUCCUUGGCGAAAAAUUCAACAUCAUGGAGGAUUUAAAUCAGCAUUUUGCAACCACUGUGCGUCGGACUAUUUUCUGCGUUGACGAUAGUGGCACUGUACUGCCCUCGCCACCACGCCUUCGUGAUGCAAGUGGCUCAAUAUCGCACUCCUAUCAAGAAAUGCGAGAAUUUUGUGCUCAGUCCGAGCAACGCCUAGGAAGGGACGGCAUCCUCCGCUCCGCUGGCCGAACUGUCCUUAGCAUGCGUGUCGAAGCUGUUUGCUAUCUCUUCAGCUCUUUGCACCAGCUACAAGAGACGCUCUCUAACGCAGAUCUUUCCUUGGAAGAGAAACAACAGCGCACGUCGGACAUUACGGCGAAAACAUACGAUAGCAUCAUGGGUGUGAGACACAACUCACACGAAGAUUUGGGAUUCUAUGCAGGGCAACGGAUUGUUCGCUUGUGGGAGCAGGUGUUGCACGUUGAGUGUGCCUUCUUCUGCGCGAUCUAUGGAAGCUAUGCAACGUCGGCACUGUUUUCGGGCAGGUUCGAUGGAUCGAUCGAACCUCACGAGCUUCUCCAUGUUAUUCGCUUUAGGCUUGGUGUCGCCGACCGCAUCAGUGUGGUGGGCCGGUUCAGCUUGGAUGUGAGCCACACCCUGCUUGCCACUGUACCACAGAUGGAUCAUCAGCCUGCGUGGCGUAAGCAAAAUCGCUCAUCCACUCAAACCUCAUCGCGCUACUUGCUCCGGCUGCCAACUCUACUUGUCUGUGCCAUGACAGUACAUGCAGCUCGACGGUGCUUGGAAGGCAUUGCUUUCGUACUCGUCGCUUGGGCACGGUCCUCAACCGACACCAUGUUGGCCGUGACACUGAUGGAAUCUGCAUCAGCGCAUCUUCGCAAGCUUUCGCCCCCGAGCUCAAUUGAAAGCGUGGAUACAGUGGCCCAGGUGUCGGCAGACUACAUUGACGAAAUGGUUGAGACGGCACGACUCUGGCAGAUCUACUACCGAGUGUAUCGACCUGUUUCCAGCAUCAAGCAGGAUCAAGCAUCCGAGUCGACAACAAAUAACACGCGCACAGUCGUUCAACAAGAACGCUGCUCGAAUGAAAACGGUGCAGCAGACUCGGCGCAACCUUCAGCGUCGAGCCGCUCUACAGCGAUGGACUUUCUAGCCUCUGCUGCCGAGGUUGUGCAAGAAACCGAUUCCACUCGAGGCCUUAAGACGAUGGACUUUGUAAAGCAAGCUACUACAACAGGUUCCCAGGGCUCGUACAUACCGCUGAGCAAGAAUAGUCUAUCUUUCACUUGCGACUCACAAGACUUUGACAUGCAGCCUACCGCCUCCACGGCUUCGGAAACACUCCUGUCUAGCCAUGCCGGACUGGUGGAUGCUGGCAUCCACAAUGCCCAGGUACCGUUCGAUCUCGAAGCAUUUUUGAAGGACGUUGACCAAUUGUUCUAG